CUUUAGGGCCUGCAGGCGGCGCGGUGAUCUUUACCAAACUCUAAUCGAAGAAGAAGGCGUGGAGGAAAUAUGUCGGCGCCGCUGGAUGAUUACGGAACGUUUGUUUUGGACCCGCUCCGUGUUUAGAACCCCGUCCAGCCUCAGUGCCAUGGCCCACCGGUACCUACGGCUGCCUGCGGGCUGCAGGAGCCUGGUCCGGCUGCUGCUUCGGCCCCGCGGAGCUCCAACCAGGACGGUGUCUCCAGCCGGUUCUGGUCGGGUGCGGAGUGGGCCCGACCCGCUGAGCGAGCUGCUGGGAGCCUCCAGGAUCCUGAGCUCCAAACCGCCCAAAGGAUUUGAGAAAUAUUUCCCAGAGAGUCAGAACCGGGCCAGAACCUCUGAACCGGAAGCUAAAGGUAAAGAAGACACAGAGUCCAAACCUGCCCAGAAACCGUCCGGGAAGCCCGGAGGAUCCGGGUCCGGAGGAGGGAAACGAGGCAGCCGCAAGGAGGAGAACCACUGGUACAGCCGCCUGCAGAAGGGUGACGUCCCUUGGGACGAUAAGGAGUUCCGCUUGUACUUGCUGACCGGCGUGGCGUUCUGGACUGCCAUCACCUACUACUUCUUCCUGCGGGACGGAGGUCGUGAGGUCACCUGGAAGGACUUUGUCAACAACUACCUGUCCAAAGGAGCGGUGGAGCGGCUGGAGGUGGUCAACAAGCGCUAUGUCAGGGUGGCGUUCUCUCCGGGGAAGGCUCCGCUGGACGGGCAGUACGUCUGGUUCAACAUUGGCAGCGUGGACACCUUCGAGAGAAACCUGGAGACGGCCCAGAGUGAGCUGGGCAUCGAGAGCGAGAACCGCCUGCCGGUGGUAUACUCCACCGAGAGCGACGGGUCGUUCCUGCUCAGCAUGCUGCCUACGGCGCUCAUCAUCGGCUUCCUGCUCUUCAUGCUGCGGCGUGGGCCAGCGGGUGGGGGCCGGCCGGGCCGCGGCAUGGGGGGUCUUUUCAGCGUUGGCGAGACCACUGCAAAGAUCCUGAAGGAUGAGAUCGACGUCAAGUUCAAAGACGUGGCGGGGUGUGAGGAGGCCAAGCUGGAGAUCAUGGAGUUCGUCAACUUCCUGAAAAACCCCAAACAGUACCAGGACCUGGGUGCCAAGAUACCCAAGGGGGCCAUCUUGACCGGACCCCCAGGAACCGGGAAGACACUGCUGGCCAAGGCAACAGCAGGCGAGGCCAACGUUCCCUUCAUCACAGUGAACGGCUCCGAGUUUCUGGAGAUGUUCGUGGGAGUGGGCCCCGCCAGGGUUCGGGAUCUGUUUGUCAUGGCCCGGAAGAACGCGCCCUGCAUCCUCUUCAUCGAUGAGAUCGACGCCGUGGGCCGGAAGCGCGGCCGCGGCAACUUUGGAGGCCAGAGCGAACAGGAGAACACCCUGAACCAGCUACUGGUGGAGAUGGACGGCUUCAACACUGCCACCAAUGUGGUGGUUCUGGCCGGAACCAACCGACCCGACAUCCUGGACCCGGCCCUGCUGCGGCCUGGGCGCUUCGACAGGCAGAUCUACAUCGGUCCUCCUGACAUCAAAGGACGGGCGUCCAUUUUUAAGGUCCACCUGCAUCCUCUGAAGCUCAGCACAGACCUGGACAAAGAUGCUCUGGCCAAGAAGAUGGCUGCCCUCACGCCUGGAUUUUCAGGCGCCGACAUCGCCAACGUGUGCAACGAGGCGGCACUGAUUGCCGCACGCCACCUAUCCGAUACCAUCAAUCAGAAGCACUUCGAGCAGGCCAUCGAGAGGGUGAUCGGAGGUCUGGAGAAGAAGACCCAGGUUCUGCAGCCAGAGGAGAAGAAGACGGUGGCGUACCAUGAGGCUGGUCACGCUGUGGCUGGCUGGUUCCUAGAGCACGCCGACCCGCUGCUAAAGGUGUCAAUCAUCCCCAGGGGGCGGGGCCUGGGCUAUGCCCAGUACCUCCCCAGGGAGCAGUACCUGUACACCAAGGAGCAGCUGCUGGACCGCAUGUGCAUGACGCUGGGGGGCCGCGUUGCAGAGGAGAUUUUCUUCGGCCGGGUCACCACUGGGGCCCAGGACGACCUCAGGAAGGUCACACAGAGUGCCUAUGCACAGAUCGUCCAGUUCGGGAUGAACCCCAAGGUGGGCCAGGUGUCCUUCGACCUGCCGCGGCAGGGCGAGAUGGUUUUGGAGAAGCCGUACAGCGAGGCCACGGCCCGCCUCAUCGAUUCCGAGGUCCGGACCCUGAUUGGCGAGGCGUACCGCCGAACCCAGCUGCUGCUGACCGACAAGAAGGCCGAGGUGGACAAGGUGGCGCAGCGGCUCCUGCAGCGGGAGGUUCUGUCCAAAGAGGACAUGGAGGAGCUUCUGGGUCGGCGGCCGUUUGCGGAGCGCUCGACAUACGAGGAGCUGGUGGAAGGGACGGGCGGCGAGGACGAGGACACGGCGCUGCCGGACGGUCUGAGGGACUGGAACCAGGACCGGAACCAGGACCGGAACCAGGAGAGCCCAGAGGAGCAGGUGGCCCGCCAGAUCUCUGGAGGCAUGCCCUUCUAGAACCUCCAUAAACUGUUCUGUUGGGUUCUGAUCUGUUCCACGGGUUCUGAACAUCAUAUCAGAACCAAACAGAACCGCUCCAUGUGUAUCUGUGUAGAACCCAGACUCGGUGUUUUCCUCAGAACCUCAGCAGGAGGUUCUGAGGAAAAUGUUCCACCAGAACAUCUGGCACCGUUCUGAUGGGGAAACCAUUGGUCCAGAGUUAUACUGGGUCCAGCAUCCGGUCCCACAGCGGGAUUUUCAACUCGGGCCCUCCAGAACCACGGUUCUGCAGCCUCUAGACACUUCUCUGCUCCAACAGACCAGAACCAGACACCCGGGUUCAGAGGCCCGGUUCAGGUCUUGAACUGGAAACUUCUAGAAGUUACAGACCAAGGUUCUGUAAAGUUCUGUUAGGUUCUGUAUGGUUUUUGUAAGGUUCUGCAAAGGACGUUCUCCUACUGGUGUUCCACAGCCUGCCGCAGAACCUUUGACUGGAAACUGGAAGUGAACCUCCUGUUGAUUCUGUUCUGAUCCGGACCGAUCCGGGUCACAGCCGCAGAAGCACCAGACGUCUGGACGGUUUGGUUCUGGUAAAGUCCUGGAGUGGUUCCAGCUCAUAACUAAAGUGGAUCAGAACCAGUUCUGAUCGGGUCUGGGUUCUAAAAGGAUGAGUUCUCGGCCUGCUCUGUGUGUAAACAUGUAAAAUGAUGUGUGAUAAUAAAGGUGUAUAUGUUG